UAUCGCCGCCGACUGUUUCUCUUCUCUCUCGAUCUUUUUUUUCCCUAAAUCUCUCUAAACCCUAACCUCAAUGUUUUUGCGCAAUGGGGGGAAAGGAUAUGAGACCCGUUGUCAUUCACGUGGAUAGUGAGAGUUGCCGUAUUCCUAAGUUGGCAAAUGGCGGAUUCUAUGAUGUUAAUCACCUCAUUCCUAGCUUCAGGUUAUUUCUCAGAUCUCGUAACUUUUACGGCCCGAUAGAGCUAUACAUUGUUGUGGGGAAGGCCUCCAACCCACGCCGUAUGCAAGGUCCAGUCCAUUCAUCGUUUCAAGCUCUAGAAAGGAAGUGUGAAUCUAUGGAAGAUUUUAAGAUGGAGUUCGUUGAUAUGGAUGAAGACGGUGAUAAUAUCGCCGACGACGAGAUUCGGAGGCGGAUGAAUUUGUGGAUUCCGAACGCUACAAGAGCCGUGUUGGUAUUGUGUUCUUUUGAUGGACGUUACUUGCGUGAGCUUCAACGGAUAAAGUCGAGAAACCGUCGUCGACGGGAUGUAGAUAUAGAGAUGCUUCUUUUGUACGACCCUUCAAGUGUAAGACGAACCCUGAAGAAGUUCUUCCCAGUCACCCAUAGAGAGUGUUGGGAGAAACACUUUUGGAUGGCUCCGCUUUUGCUUCUAAUCAAGGUCCACCACUUGAAGGUCCACCACCUGGAGGAGAUCAAGUUUCAGGCGGUGGUGGAGGAGGAGCUCAGCAAACUCCAAGUGAUGCUCAGCAAACUCCAAGUGGUGCUUAGCAAACUCCAACCCCAAGUGGUGCUCAGCAAAGUCGAGGUGGGUGUGGUCGUGGAAAAGGAAAGUAUGGUAACAGAAGGACAAGGCCAGGGAAUAAUGAUCCAGAUCUUUACGCCCUCAAGCCUGCAAGCAUUGAAGUGUGGCAGGGUAUUGACAAGCAGUGGUGGUCAUCUGCUUGUUCAAAGAAACUAGUUGGUAGACUUGUCUACGGUGCUGAGAACCGACUCCAGUUUCCCGCUGUAAGACUGUUCAACUGGAUUGGUCCUAGCAAGGGUGUCCCUCGGGUCUUAGCGUGCUUCAGUAACAACCUUCUGCGACAGGAGCCUCUCAAGCAGCUUGUGGACUGGGGAGAUUCACAGAUAACCUUCAUCUUGAUCGCAGAAUACCAAGAGAGAGCCAAUGGGCAUAUCUUCAGUGUAGGCUACCCAAACAAUGAUUUGAUUGUUGCUCAAAUGAUGAUGACCGAGGUUUACUCAAAAGUGAGUGGAGAGACAGCUCUAACUCCUGCAGAUG